AUGAGAAUCUUGCAGAAACUCACCACCACACUCCGGCCCCAAAUCCCCGGCGGCCCAUUCGCCGCCUCGAUCCAGAUCCGCCGCAGAAAACCCGCGGAUACCGCCCAGACCCGGAUCGAGACCCGCACCCUCGACCCGAAGCUCGACCUCCUCGCCUUCCACCGCCGCCGCCUCGCUCUCGCGCUCAGCGUCCACGCCCUCGUCUCCUCCAGGAAGCGCGGGCCCUUCGUCUCCGUUCAGCUCCUCUCCCGGUGGGCCCCGCACGCCGGCGUCGAAACCCUCACCGCCGGCGAAUUCCUCCGCAAGUACCCUCACGUCUUCGAGGUAUUCACCCACCCGGUCAGGAAAAACGCGUGCUGUAAAUUCACGCCGAAUUUCGUAAAAUUUCUCGAGCUCGAGGAUGAGAUUGUGUCUGGUAUGGAGGAGAUGAACGUGAUUAAACUCAGAAAAAUUCUCACCAUGUCUGUCAAUGGCAGAGUGCACCUCCAUGCCAUUAGAUUGAUGAGAAGGGAAUUAGGGUUUCCUGAGGAUUUUAGGGACUCAAUCAUUAGAAAGCACAUUGAACUAUUCAGAAUGGUAGACUGGGAGAUAGUCGAAUUAGUCGACUGGAAUGAGAAUGUGGAAAAGACGAAAGCUUUCACCGCGAAAAUCGAAGAAUGGAGAGAAAAAGAGUAUAUAGAGAAAUGGCUGAGUGAAUUCGAGGUGAAAUACGCAUUCCCAAUCAAUUUCCCAACAGGGUUUAAGAUAGUCCCAGGGUUUAAGGAGAAGCUGAGAAACUGGCAGAGACUUUCCUAUAUAAAGCCUUACGAGAAAGUCGAAAAAGCUCGUGCCCGUUCGUGUGGAGGUGUUGAGAGGUACGAAAAACGAGCCGUGGGCAUUAUUCACGAGCUCCUCUACUUGACUGUGGAGAAAAUGGUGGAAAUCGAGAGAUUGGCGCAUUUCAGGAAGGAUUUAGGUAUAGAGGUUAAUUUGCGCGAGCUUAUAUUGAAACAUCCGGGGAUUUUUUACAUGUCGACUAGAGGGAAAACUCAAAUGGUCUUUUUAAGGGAAGCAUACAGCAAAGGUAGAUUGAUCGAGACAGAUGAGCUUUAUGAUGUUCGGAGGAAAAUGUUGGAGCUUAUAUUGUUGGGUAGUCGUUUUACUAGAGUUAUGAGAGAAGGAAAAGAAGAUUUUGAAAAUGAAGAAUGUGUCGAGAAGAGUGAAAACCGAGGAGGGGACCCGAAGGAUGGCGAUUUUGUAAUUCCCAUUUUGGAGGGAUGCUCGGGAAAAUAG